CGAGCUCGGGUUUUUACUCUGCCAACACUUUUGGCGUAGAAGUUGGCGGCAGUGCCAUUUAGCGUCCGCCUGAUGUCUGUGGACGCCUGGAUCAUCAUUGAUGAAGGCGGUGUGCUCCGAAUGCUCGACGACGAUGAGGUGAAUGAGAUGAUUGGCAUCCGCCGGGGCCUUCCAGAAGAAGCCAUUGACAACUACACGGUAUGCUACACCUUCACGGGAGCACAGUUGCUGGAAGAUGAGGUGCAGGGCAAAUGCACAAUCUGCAUGGAGGAGUUCGUGGGUGGUGAUAGCUUGCGCUGUCUACCUUGCCUCCACUCCUACCAUGUCCCAUGCAUUGACAAAUGGCUGUCUUUGAGCCAGGCAUGCCCCGUCUGCAAGCACAACGUGAUGGCAACCACGACGCCAUGCUUCGAUUCGCCCACUGGGCAGAUGAGAUGUCCCGUUCCACCACUCUCUACGGCCUGGCAGUUCAACCGUUUAGCCCGUCCGAGCUUUCAAGUGAUGCCGCGUCUACCUUUGCUCCGGGCCCCUCUUCCACAUUCAUCUGCCCGAGUGAAUGCACCGCAGAGGACCUACCCCUCAUCCGCAGGGUCCGCAGGGUCCACGGUGUCGUUGCACAGAGGUGCCGUGCCUGCAGUACCUACACCAAGCAUGCGCAGCAUGCUUGUCCGCGCGCCCACUUUUGUGGCAACACCGAUGCCCAGCCAAGUGGUUCCGACAGCAGUGGCGUCAGUAGCGGAGGAAAGUGAGAGCGAGAGUAGUUCGAGAGGAAGCAGCACGAGCAGCAGUGGCAACAGUUCACCGUAGCCAUGCCCUAGUAGGCACUGGCCAGCAGGAGCUGUGCAGGGUGCAAACACGCAUCCUCAACAGGAAAAAGGUGCAGAUGUCGAUGUGAUGCAUCAGGGAAUUACCUUGAAAACCAGGCUAAGGGCAGACUUUGGGUUUCUAGACAAGCAGAUUACCUGCCAGACAGGGAGGAUAAAAACAGACUGAACAAAUUCUCAUCAGCCCGAUGCCAGGUGAAGUGGGAGGAGGUGAACCAAAGCAUGUGAAAGGUGC